AUGCCUAGAUUACCAAAAAGACCAUCAAAGGGUCGUCAAAAGAUCGAACUGAAGAAAAUAGAGGAUGAAGGAGACAGAUAUGCAACUUUCUCCAAGAGAAAACAUGGGAUUUUCAAGAGUGUCACUGAGCUUAUUACCUCUUGCAAAGCAAAUGUUGGGGUGAUUAUCUUUUCCCCAAAAAAUAAGCCCCAUUCUUUUUUCCAUCCCAAUAUGGAGAAGGUUGUCGAUCGUUUUCUCAAUGGAAACGAGUCGGUCGUAAGCAAUGUGGAUCGAGCCGCUGAUGAAAUGUUUCAAGAGAGAGAUAUGGCAAUGAACUUGAAGCUUGACCAGCUUGAUGUUGAUGAAGAGAUUCAGAAAGCUAGAUCCAAGCAACUAGAUGAGAUGAAUAUCCCGUACGAUGAUAAGGACUUGUUUGGAAAACAUAUUAAUGAAAUGGAUGCACAAAACUGUGGUUUCCUUAAGUCAUCAAUGUUAAACUUCAUAGCUCAAUUGAAUAAUUAG